AUGAAGGGGAAUCUGAUAAACCUAUCGCGUCUCAGUUUGCAUUCGGAUGGCACAGACAACAAAAAGCACGAAAAACCAUCAUCCACCUCAGCCCCGGUCACCCCGUCGAAGACCCCCAGUCUUAGUUCGGCGGCGAGCGUUGGCAGUAAGUCUGGAUCCAAAAAUAGUGCGUCAGAUGCAGUGUCGCAGGACAGCCACGAAGAUCGAGAAGAAGCUCAUCAAGCUCAUGUCAAAACUGAAAGUCUGACUCCCACAACCUCAGCCAGACCGAGCCUGAUGCCCUCGCACAACUCCUCGUUUGAGUUGCGACGGUUUUUCGACAAGGGGCUCCGGAGACACCGGGAGGGUAAAGAAAAGAGAAAACAAGAGAAAGAAGAGCGCAAGCAGGAAAAAGAGGAGCGCAAGCAGGAAAAGGCCGAACGCAAGAGACUGGAAAAGCGCCGACAACAAGUAUCGGCCGACAAUGCGUCCGCUCACUCUGCGGGUAUAGGCUCACUAGAAAAUAAAGCAGCCGCGGCCCCAUUUUUAGAAGCCCUCGAAAGCAAAUACGGCGCUUUGGGCAAGGUUAUGGGACAGGGUGCCGGCGGUAAUGUUCGGCUAGUGGAACGACCUAGCGACGGCAAGCUUUUUGCCGUCAAGCAGUUCCGGCCUCGGAAAUCUAACGAGUCCUGCCAAACGUACGCUAAAACCGUCACCUCUGAAUUUUGCAUGGGGGCUGCUCUCGAACACAAGAACAUCAUCGGCAUCAUUGAUCUCGUCAAAGAGCACGAAACUUACUUUGAGGUUAUGGAGUACGGGCCCUUUGAUUUCUUCAACUUGGUCAUGUCGGGCAAAAUGACCCGCCAUCAGAUUUAUUCCGCCUUCAAACAGGUGUGCAACGGCAUAGCAUAUUUGCAUUCUAUGGGACUCGCUCACCGGGACCUCAAACUGGAUAACUGCGUUGUUUCGUAUGACGGUGUGGUCAAGCUCAUUGAUUUCGGAUCGGCAGUGGUUUUCCGUUACCCCUAUCAACGGGAAAUUACCAAAGCUAAGGGAAUCGUCGGAAGCGAUCCUUACUUGGCACCUGAGGUGCUUUACUUGAGCGAAUAUGACCCACAGCCUUGCGACAUUUGGUCGUUGGGAAUCAUCUUCUGUUGCACAGUUCUUCGCAGGUUUCCCUGGCGAAUCCCAAGCCCUGAAGACCAGGCAUUCCGUAUGUUCAGCGCCGAUCCCGAGAAUGUGGACGGUAGUAAAUCGCAACAUGGUGAGGAUCCAAAGAAUAUUCGCGGACCUUGGCGUUUGCUGCGCCUCCUCCCAACCUCUUCUCGUCACCUAUUAGGUCGAAUUUUAGUCGUCGACGUCAAGAAGCGCUGCUCUAUGACAGAAAUUCAGGAGGAUAAGUGGAUGAAACGCAUUGAGGAAAUCAGUGUGCUUCCAGAAGGACAUGACGAGGUUCAACACAAGAAUACCAACGUGAUUUCAACUGGCCAACCUCUUGAGAAUGAAGUCAAGGCUGUUCCGGCUCAUUAG